AUGGCUACUGCAGACACGCUGUACCCGAUCUCCAUUGCCCCUGCGCCACUCCCACCAAUAUUGGGCAUCUAUCCAUCGAGUCCGAUAGCACAGUUCCCUCCGCCACUGCCGGGGCGUCGUCGGCCGUUGCGCGAGCGGUGCGGCUUAGCGCACAAUUUGAAGAUCCAAACCAAUUUCUCUCCCCAAGCCGUCCAUGCUGGUCCAUGGUCACCAAAAGGCCAUCUCCAACCACAUCGUAACAACCUUCCCCGUCGCCGGAAGGUGAAGCGCAUCGUGUUUCACGACGCCGAGGUCAUACCUCCGGAGCCACCAAUACCGCCACAGGUGUUGCCUGUACCACCGCAGAUGGAGAAUAGACACCUGCAGGAAGUGGUUCCUGGCCUCUACGUCGCCUUCAAGCUCAGCGAUGCCGCAGCAGACGCUCAACAUAUACGCGAUACCGCUUACACGCAUCUUCUCGAUAUCUGCUAUCCGCCCCCAGGGUACGACAGUGGCGCAAUCGAACAGGUGUACGAAAACCGUGUACAUCGACUCCGUCUCGUCCUUCCCGUGGGCCCCGCCACACGCACACAGCGUGCUGGGCUCGGACUUACCAACUCUCAGCUUCGCGCUGCGCGCGACUUCCUCGCCCAGGCACUACCCUACUCCGGUAGUAGCGCAAGUUCGAUAACUCACCCGCAGAGCGGGUCAUUAGCCGUGCGCAUUCUCUUGUCUACUCCUAUGCACCGCCCGACAGACGCAAUGACCGCCGCGGGCUGUUACCUGGCAUUUGUGUCGGGAAAGAGUGUUGAGACUACGCUCCGUUUCAUCGACGACGAAGACAACUUCCUGAGCAUUUGGAAGGGUGAGGUCUCGGAGGAUGAAGUCGAGCAAGCAGAGCGAGUUGCCAAGAUGUGGUCAUGGCUGUCGAACAUGAAACGGUAG